GAACGGUUAACGUGUUUUUCCUACGGUCGUUCAGAGAACGUUAAGCAAAUAAGAUUGAGACAGAAACAAUGUUAGCGAAUGCUACUGGAAAUGAAACGAAAAGUUAUGAGCUAUGGUGGUCUAUAUACGCUUGGUGGUCGUGUGUGCUUGUACUGAAGAUGAUGUUGUUGACUUGGUUUACUGGACAAAUACGAGUUAGGGAACAGGUGAUCCAUAGUGAAGAAGACAGAAUGUGGAUGAAAGAAAAAUCAAGCAUAAUUUUAUGUCCAACUGGCGAUGGUCAUCCUGAUGUGAGUCGCAUACGGAGCGCUCAUCGAAAAGAUCUCGAGACGGUUCUUCCUUUUAUAAUUUUUACGCCGCUUUGGUUAAAUGUCGAAACAUGUAAUUCUAUGGUAAAGAUUUUAAUACCAGGUUUCGCAUUAAUCAGUAUUUUAUAUACUUUGGUGCAUAUGCAACUUCUACAAAUGUCUCCUCUUUGGAAGCAUUAUUCAUCUAUGAUUUUAUAUUGCAUUUUAAUUUAUAUAUGCACAAUAAUUGCAGUGAGAUACACUGCAAUUAUUGUGCAUAUAUAAAUUAAACGACUUGUA